CUCACUGCCAAGUACCAUAAAAAAAAAACAAAAAAAAAACGUAGUGUCAAAAAAGUUAUCAUGAAAAGUAUUGCAGCUUAUCAUAUAUCCAUUGCACUGGCCCUUAUAGCCAAGGUUGUCACCUAUACGAAUAGCCCACAAGGACACUACCUAGCAAAGAAAAACAGGUGCUUGAACCCCCCACGCACUGCACGGCGUGUAGAAACUGUCAUACAGGAAUGCCAAGAGGACGUGAAGAACAAACUUAUAAGAGAGGCCUAUCAAAUGCUAAAAGAAGAAGUUUACAAAGGUUAUCAACCUUUGGAUGCCAAUGAAGACAACAUGCAGUUUAUGACAGAUGUGUCCGAUUCAGCGCCACAUGAAGCCAUAGGUCAGGUGUCAGGUGGCUCUUCAGCAGGCUCUACUGUGUCAGCUUAUUCGUCAUCUUCGAAUGCGGGUUUUGAAUUGCCGUCGGGUUACGAUACCUAUGAAGUUGAUUCAUCCAAGCGACGAGUGACUCGCUUACUGCAUCAUAUUCGUCGUAUCGCACAUGACCCGGCCACCAACAUUAUUUAUCAUCCCACGUUGGUGCCUUUCGAGGACAAACGGAUAGCGGGC